AUGAAAGAAUUGGAUAACGACGAGAUGGACCUGUUUUUUGUGUCCGCAUACUACUAUGGGAAUGAGUAUAGUUUCUACGAAAACCAAGUGUCCCUAACCUUCCUAGCUCCACGAGAUGCUCAUUGGGACCGUCGGAAGAUCAUUGUCAUCCGAAGCAACGGUUCGAAUUCCGUUUUAGAGCCAAUGAAAGUUCAUCGAGCUACACCGCACAAUAUUUGUAAAUUUGUGACCAUCACGGGUACAGUAACCCUCAAGGACGAUUUGAUGGAUUUGGAGAUUCUGGUGAACAAGAAUAUCGCUGGGAUACGGUACCUGCCUGCGGACAACAAGCAACGAGAUUUGGUCGUGUGUACGCCGCCGAUUUAUAAUAAUGUCCGAUGGCAGAGCAUUCUUUUGAUUGCUCAUAUUUAUGCGAGAUUCAAUGGCCAUCUCCAACUCUAUCUCUCCAAUUCGAAACCCGCGUUUUUCGAUCUAUUGGAAGAGCUAAAGCAGCACACUGGAAUUUCGGUCAGCCCAUUUCCCGAUUUUUUCGGGAACUCCCAAUUGGACGAAAUCGAAUUCGGCGGGAUUACGGUAGCCAGCUCGGACUGCCUAAGCAAGUACAAGAGCUCCGCGAGCUUCAUCGCCUUUCUGGAAUGGGACGAAUUUCUGAUUCCAACGCGAUUUUCGUCGUUUUUCGACGAAUUCGCCAAUUUCUUCGAGUCGGAAAUUUUUGUGGGACUGUUGGAAUACAAAAAUUCGAAGGGGGUUUCGAAAAUUGUGUCAAGACCAUUUAAUAUCGGUAGCAUUUGGUUGAAUGAGCCAGUGGAGCGACCGUAUAAGCUGAAGACAAAAAAAAUCUGA